AUGGUGGACUAUUACAGAGUACUAGGCGUGUCUCGGACUGCCACCGAGUCAGAAAUAAAGAAGUCAUACAGAAAAUUAGCAUUGAAGUGGCAUCCGGACAAGAAUCCAGACAAUGCAGAUGAAGCAAAUAGACGAUUCAAGGAAAUAUCUGAAGCUUAUGAAGUACUUUCAGAUGAGAGGAAACGGCGUGUUUACGACCAGUACGGCAAAGAAGGACUGAACAACGGCAGAGGCAGACGUUCUACCGCCGACGAUGAUUACGACUUUGGCUACGCUAGUUUCCCGUUCACAUUCCGAGAUCCCGAGGAGGUGUUUAGAGAAUUCUUCGGCGGGUCUCCUUUUGGCGAUUUAUUUGCUGAAAUCAACGGCCAUGGGCAUCAUCACAGGCACGGUCGUCGAAGUCAUCCCAGUACAUCCCUCACAUCAUCCCUGUUCGGUUUCGGCAUGCCAGGACUAGAUGAUAUUUUUGCACAUGCCAAUUCCAACGGAAACACAUUCACUUCAUUCUCGACUUUUAACAGUUCGCUAGCCGGCCCUGGAAGCGCUAACAUGAGGAGUACUACGACCACUACGCGCGUUGUCAAUGGAAAGAAAAUCACAACUAAAAAGGUGACGGAGAAUGGUCGGGAAACAGUAAUGUCGUAUGAGAACGGGGUCCUGAAAUCAAAGACUGUCAAUGGCGUACCUCAAUCAUUAACAUAUAGUUAA